CUGCACGUGCAACGAGAAUCAGUAGAGGCUAGAGCGCAUGCCAUUUCUACCGGCAUUAUUUUCGCUUCAAUUUUGAAGCUUGACCAGUUAAUAGAUAGAUAGAAAUAUGUCAUUGGGAUCCCACUUCCAUUCUGGGUCAAUGGUCGUCGACGUCGAAGCAGAUGUGAAUAACGACUUGCCUUCAUCAUGUUCAACACAUUUUGCUGCAUCUUUCUGAUUUUGUCUUUAACAAGCGGAACCGUUAUAAGAGACUUUCAAGUCGCACAACCGCCGGUGGUCCCUGUUUACGCUAAACGUUGUACGGUAGAAGUAUUCAGCCACGAUUUCGCCAACUCAUUUGUCGAUGGUCCUGCGAUAACUCAGCUCAGUCCUCCUGAAGAUUGUGGUCCAGUCGGUUCAUGGGCUGCGAUCACUCUUAACCUUACCGUCACCAGUAACGGAACCCAAUUCGACCGUCUUGGUAUCUUCACCUUCCACAACGUCGAAAUCUGGCGUACCUCGACUUUUGAGCCCACGAUCGGAGACGGAAUCGUCUGGACGUACAUCAAAGAUGUAACACAGUACAUGCCGCUCUUCACUGAAUCUGGUGAAUUUUUGCUGGAAUUGGAUAACCUCAUCGAAACUGGCUUGGAUGGUAUCUACUCUACGACUGUAGCCGCAACCUAUUUCGAGUCAUCGGCCGAAUAUCCUCCUGCAGAAAAGGCCGAUAUCAUUAUCCCAAUAUCCACCCUAUCAAACACGACUGCAGAUGAUGCUUCCGUACCCCCUGCAUUUUCGCUCAAUAUUACCGUGCCAAACAAUACGGUUGCGAUAUACGCUGAAAUAUUUGCUAGCGGCAAUGGCCUCGAAGAAGAUUGGUUUUUCAACGUACCCGAUGAAUUCUUCUCGAACAUUUCGCCCAAUAUCACCAGCCCGCAUGAUGGUUUUCGUGAAGUCAGACUGUUGAUCGACGGUCUGGUGGCUGGAGUCGCGUUCCCGUACAUAACUGUUUUCUCUGGGGGCUUCAUUCCAUCCUUCUGGCGACCAAUAGGGAGUUAUGGUACUGCAGAAUUGCCUACUUAUUUUGUCGAUGUCACCCCGUUUGUUCCAUUAUUGAUUGAUAAUUCUCCACAUAAUUUCACCCUCGACGUUGUUUCUGCGGAGACAAACCAUACUAUCAAUUCAAAUUGGUUCGUUUCGGGAAUCUUGCAAGUCAUCCUUGAUACCAGCUCUAAGCCAACUAUUGGUAAUCUGACCGUUUACUCGGCGAGCAACUACGCAGACACCAGCAUCACUGGCUUUGUCGAGGAGUUUGGGCAAUUCAACGCAACAGUCACUGCAACGCGCAACAUCCACAUUGAGGCAGAUAUUUUGAGCGGAAGUGGUCAAUUUACUCAUAUCAUUUGGACACAAGAUUUGCAAUUUUCGAAUAUCCAAACAUAUCGAAACAAUGGACUGCUCGCGACUUUGAAGCAAACUUCCAUCGGGAAUUCCUCUUCGACGCAUAAUGGCGUAGCGAUUCUUUUGGAUGUCUUUUCGUAUCCGUUCAGCACGAACUUUGACUACCUUGAUGAAACUUUGUCCAAUUGGACUUCAUCUAUUGAUCACUCCUACAACCGCAUUUUACUCCCAAACCCUUUGAGGAUAGCUUCGACGAUCAAUAACCAUCAGACCACGGAUGGUUUCUUCCAACUUGGUUCAGAGAAAAUCGGGAAUUUUGGUAAUGGGACGAAUAAUAACACGUUCAGCUAUUCCGAUGUCAAAGGUGACACAUAUACGAGAAGCGUCAACGCAAUCAACAGCAACUUCAAUGACACCAUUGCAAUUCCUCUUGACGAGAUCGGAGGGAAUCUUGCUCAUUAAAACCUUCCUACCGUGCUUUGGUUGUUCGAACUUUUUCCAUCUAUUUGUGUUUAUUUACUUGCCCGAUAUAUUUUGCCCUAAAAAGGAUUUCAGCAAUUUGCUUUGUAC